GUUAUCUGCUUUCCCAACGGAAGGUGCGCUCCCCGGUUAACAAGAGCGCCUCUGACCAUGUGCAGAGCGCCUUCCUUUCCUCGGAUCUGACCUUGUCCUCGCUAGCGCCUCGUGUCACACAAUCCUUCUGAUUGUGUGAGGUGGGGAAAGUUUCCUCUGAGCGGCCAGGCAAAAUAACCCCCACCCCACUCGGCAUCUUGGUUGCCAUGAUGCCUGCUGCAAUAAAAAAACUUGAGAGCACACCAAUGUAUGAUCCUCACCUUCUUAAAGAACUUGAUUGGACCCAAAAUACUGUGACAUUUUCUCCUGCUAUUUCUCCUGAUGAUCCAGGAGAGGGUUUAGUUCUAAGACCUCUUUGCAGUGCUGACAUCAACAGAGGCUUUUUAAAAGUUCUAGGUCAACUGACUGAAACUGGAAUUGUUAGCCCCCAGCAAUUCCUUGAAAAUUUCGAACACAUGCGGAGUUCUGGGGACUACUAUGUUACAGUUGUGGAAGAUACUAAGCUAGGAGCGAUUGUAGCUACUGCAACCUUAGUCAUAGAACAUAAGUUCACUCACUCAUGCGCAAAGAGGGGCAGAAUAGAAGAUGUUGUUGUAAGUGGAGAUUGCAGAGGAAAACAGCUUGGGAAACUAUUGAUGUCGACUCUUACACUGCUAAGCAGGAGACUAAAUUGCUACAAAAUUACUCUGGAGUGUCUGCCGAAAAAUGUAGCUUUUUAUACAAAGUUUGGAUACUCAGUAUCUGAAGAAAACUAUAUGUACCAAAGGUUCUUCAAUUAAAGAAUUUCCUGCUGUCAUCUCUUUUAAUCAACUAUUGGUGGAGGAGCUUGUACUACUGACUUCUCUUUUCGGAAAGCAAAUUCCCUGCAAAUAAAUAAUGAAUAGAUAUGAGACUACUGUGCUGCAGACUUUGAUUUUAGGUUUCCUUGUUAUCAAGGUAACCUAUAAGAAGUUUCCUAUUCAGCCAGUGUAUUGUUUUUGAUAGCUAGGACAUGAGCCAUCUUUGCAAGGUAAGGAUGCUUUCUAGCCCAAAGUAAUUUGAUGGGUUUCGUUUCCUUACCUUGCACUUUUCUGUAGUGUGCUGCUUUUUGUUGGCAGCUAAACAGUAACUAGUAUGUUGGAAAUGUUUUUGUAAUUUUUUGUCACAAGGAAAAAACUUGCAAGCUUUAUCUUUUGUGUUGAUCUUUAAUGCACUUCAAAAUGGAUAAUCCCUAGUAUAGAUGUGUAGCUUGGUUUUAUUAGUUCUAUUGCACUCACAAUGGAGAGAAAAUAUUACAAGUGGCAUUCUAUGCUUAGGCUGAAACAUUGAAAUACCUCAUCUUCGUCUUUUCCAACUUGGUGCCCUUUAGAUAUGUUCUUACCAUCCCCAGUCAGUACCGUUUCCCAAAACAUUGGGAAGUCUGUUUUGAACCAUUUCACAAAUUGAAGCAAAACUUGGGUAUGCAAAAUUUAUCAAUUUUUAAAUAAAUACUUUCUGUAAAAUAUAUACCAUAGUUUAACAGA